AUGGCUUUCGGCGGUGCUGCGCUGAAGUUCAUCGCAACAGCACUCUAUGCCCUCGAGUUUGGCUGUGCUGCAAUUGUGCUUGGAAUCUACUCCUACUUCCUCGCAGUCCAGGCUGAUCGCGAUGUCACCAUUCCUCGCUGGCAACAGGCUGUCACUGGUCUGUCAGGUGGAACACUUCUCUACACCAUCUUCGCUAUUGUAUUCACCUGCUGCCUUGGCGGAAAGGCCUUCUUCGCUCUGCUCGGCCUGAUCUUUAACGUUCUUUGCUGCGGUGCCAUGAUUGCUAUCGCAGUUCUCACUCGCGAUGGUGCAUCCAGCUGCUCCGGCAACGUCAAGACUCCUCUUGGCGAUGGCCCCAGCAACUCCAAGGAGGGCUUUGGCAGCAACGGUCAGGGUAACCAGAUCACCUACUCUGCAUCGCUCGGCACCACUUGCAGGCUGAACACUGCUUGUUUCGCUGUCGCCAUCGUUGGAGCAUUCCUCUUCCUCAUCUCCAUCCCAGUCCAGAUUCUUCUUGGACGUCACCACAAGAAGGAGAAGCGCUUCGGACCUGGACCUACCAACAACUACACUCGUGGCUCCAGCGCUAAGUUCUGGCAGCGCAAGAAGCGCAACAAUGAGCUCCACGACCCUGAAGUCGCUGCUGUCCCUGUCACCUCCACUACCGGCCACGCUGCUCUUGCUCCUGGCGCCCGUGACUACCGCCCAAGCCACGACACCCACAUGACCGGCUCUACUGUGACUGCUCCUUACGGAACUGCUACUCACGGUCCGCUUGACAACCACACUUACAACAAGCCUGUCACUGGCGGUUACCACACUGCUCCUGCUGGCACCUACGCGACUCCUGCCACCAACUACUAA